AUGUCGUCGUUAUCUGGUGGUGCGAGGCCGCAAGCUGACAGCCUUGAGCAUGAUUCGUCGGAGCACCUCGUCGCGCGAUCGGCAGAGCCCGUCGAGAGACGGUGUGGUGUUUUUGCAGCUGCUACUACAACCGACUGCCGUGACAAGGGGGAUUGUAACGAGCCCGAAGGCGAGGUGUACGACGAUGAGGGGGAGGAGGAGGAGGAGGAGGAGGAGGAAGUCGUUAUGGGCGAAGAGGAGAUGCUACAGAUGCUGGAUAAGGCUACCGCCAGAGCCGCCUCAGGGGUCCUGGCCCCUGCCCAUGGAGGCAGCGACGGCGGCGGCGGCACCAGCAGCAUCAACGGUGGUGGUCACGAGAUAGGCGAAGGAGAUGGCGCUCUCAACGAGGAAGGCUUGAAGGGCGAACAUCCUCCGGCGGCGGCGCCGGGGCUGACUGGCUACGUGAAGUCGGUGCGCGAUGACCUCACAGUGUUCGUUUCGUCCGAACGAGAGGCGGGGGCGGCGGCGGGAGGCGCCCAAGGGGGCGCCGAGACCGGCGCAGUGGGGAGGACUCUUGCUAUCCUGGCGAGGCUCGGGGAGGAUUUGGGGCGGAUGGUGCGGCUCAGGGGUAGGGUGGAGCACCAGCUCGCGGUGUACCCGGCCGGGAUCGGUGCACGCUACGAGAGGCAUCGGGACGCCUACCCAGACGAUGGCGAAGACGAUUACGACGAAGAUCCUCCGGCCGCAACCGAUGGCGAGGUAAAUGCUAACCAUAACACCGAGGCGGAAGAGGGAGAGGGAGCAGACGGAGGCAGCGUAAGCUUCCGCAGGAUAACCGCAAUCUGCUACCUCCGUCGGAGCGGGGCCCCUUGGCAGGCGUCCGACGGGGGGGCCCUCCGCCUGUACCCUCCCACCGCGUCACCCCUCGCUCAAGAAAAGCAACGCGACAACGGCAACAGCGGCGAGGUUGUGUGGAAGCUCGCCUCCUGGCUCGAUCUUGCGGAAGAGCACGAGGAUCGCCGACAGGACCAGCAGCAGCCCACAACCCGAGACCGCUGCUCGUCGGACGCCGCCCCCGCCGCCGGUGGCAGAGACGCAGUGGUAGGCGACGACAUUAUCGACGGGCGUACCGGUGGUAGCAACAGCUACCGUAUCUCUUCGUGCCGCAGUGGUUCCGGAGGGGAAGAUGGUAGAACCGGCGGUGGAGAUAUCGGUCACGGUAGCGGCGGCGGCGGGGGCGGUACCGCCGCUACUAGUACGGGCGAAUCAGCCAGCAGCCGAGACGAUUGGGUAGGUGACGGUGCUCAGGAUUCGGCUGCGGGAGGUGGUGGUACUAAUAGUGGGGGUAACGAGGCCGGUGGCGAGGGACCCCGCCAGGGAUUCAUCGACGUGCCCCCCCUCGCCGGACGCGCGGUCGUUUUCUUCAGCGGCGCCGUGGAGCACGAGGUCCUGCCGGUCACGGGGCCGUUGCCGAGGGCGGCCUUGACGACGUGGUUUCACUGA